AUGUCUCACUAUCCAGACUUUGAUUCUUUGCCCAAGGUCGACAGGCAACCUCAAGGCAACGCCUGGGGACUGUGGGGCAAGGACGACGAAUAUGGCACACUGAAUUAUCUGACACCCGAUGUCGUGCGCAAUGCUGCACAAGAAAUCAAGGCCGGUGUCUCGAUCCAGCUGGACCUGAGCCUGGACUAUUUUGAUUACCGCAUUGGCGGACGUGAAGCCUUUGAGCAUCGAAUCAAAGAUUUCAAAGAACCGAGCGAAAGCAACAAUAUCAAUCUAUAUGCUCACGAUGAUGUCGUCACCUUCAACACACAGAGCAGCUCCCAAUGGGACGGUUUGCGACAUGUCGGCCUCCAGAAGACGGGCACAUACUAUCAGGGCCUACAACAUUCUGACAUUGAUAACAAGCGACACGAUGGUAGGCUUGGCAUCCACCGGUGGGUAGAACGAGGUGGAAUAGUAGGGCGUGGUGUAUUAUUGGACUAUUUUGGCUGGAGACAACAAACGGGCCAACCUCCCGUCGCAGCGAAUUCAGCCUCUGCAAUUUCCACCGAAGAGCUCGAGGCGGUGGCGAAACACCAGGACACCGAGUUUCAUGUAGGAGACAUCCUCAUCAUCCGUUCGGGGUUUCUGCAAUGGUACCAGCACGCCUCAAAGGAGGACCAAGUCGAAUCGCUGGACAAAUACGCCUUCAUCGGCGUGGAAUCAUCCAUGAACAGUGUCAAAUGGUUGUGGAAUCACCAUUUCGCUGCCGUGGCCGGUGACACGAUAGGGUUUGAAUGCAACCCGGUAGACUUCAACGACGAAGGCGUCGUCAAACUCCACGAAUGGCUGCUUGCUCACUGGGGAACGCCGAUUGGGGAACUCUGGGACCUCGAAAGAUUAGCAGAGGUUUGCCGAGAGAGGAACCAGUGGUCGUUUUUUCUUACCAGCGCCCCUCUCAAUGUAUUCGGCGGGGUUGGCACUCCUCCCAACGUAAUAGCAAUCCUCUAG